AUGGGCCCUCCCAAAACAAGAGCCCAGCAUUUCCUCGCCCAACGGGGCCGCUUCCACGAAGGAUCCAUGAACGACCGCGUGUCCGCCAUACCGCCAGUCCAGUUCCUCGAUCCCCAUGAAAGAGAAGCCCUCGAAGGACGUGUCGAUGCAGAUUCAUCCGCCUUUCAUCCCGCCUACUUUCGACAUGGAGACAAGCCUGCACCUCAACCACCGCAGCCACAGAUUGCUCGCAAACCUCUCGCCAGGAACAUCCUCGGCCAGGUCUGGGAAGGCGUACGAGGAAGAUUCCGGCGGCGCGACCCUGAAGGCAGAGAAAAGACGCGAGAAGAGAAACAAGCUCGUGCAAACACCACGGGGGAGCAACCCUCCAGAGACGAAGUCUUUGCCAACUACCAACAACUCGUUGCGUCGGGCUUCUUCUCCUCGCACGCCAUACAAUCUACCCGGCACGCACGACCAUCUACGGCACAUGCGCCCCCGUCUCAUUAUCCGCCUCAAUGGCCGCUUGCACCAGCGGCGACGCCGAAGUCCCAGGCCAAGGACGCUUGUCAGGCGGUGUGCUCGCCCGUCAGCGCGGCAUCGUCGCGGGGAACGAAGCGCGCAGCUGCGUCCCCCUCGCCUAGUCUUGAUGAUGAUGCGGAUGCGGAUGAUGGGGAAGAUGAGUCCACGCUUGCGCAUCGGUUCCUGCCCAAGAGAUUGCGCAAGUCUGCGUCGAGGGACAUUUCGAUUCCUACGUUGAGGAGCGUUACGUCUAGGAAGAAUAUGAGGGCUGCGGUGGCGGCUGCGCGAAGGAGCAUAUCCGUGGGACAGGGACCGGGACAGGAGCGAGAGCCGAAUAAACUUACCAAGAGGGUGCCUUGGGUUCAGCAGCCUGGGGUUGGGGUGCCGGGCAGAGCGUCGUUGGAUGUGGUGACGGGACGACAGGAGGAUGCGUAUGGGAGCGUGAGCCGUAGGAUUCGAAGACCUAGUAGUGCUAGGAAUUUGAGGUCUGCUGCGAGGGAAGUCGGGGAGGAGGCGUUGAAGGUUGUGCCGAGUGCGAAUAGAGGGAUUCCGAGGGUGCCUGAUAUUCCGGCCAAGUUUACGUAUGGGGAGGACAGGGAGAAUGGGGUGCCGUGGAGGGGGUUAAGGAGAUGA